CUCUUGUGAAAUGAAAAUAAAUACAUACGCGUGCGCGCGUGUUACAUAACCUUUAUAAUUGGUUACUACAAAUCCAAACACAACUAAAUGGUGUCAAUUCUAAUUAAUAAUUAACUUGUAUAUUUUAAUAUCAAAUAUUUAUUGUGUAAUUUUGACAUAUAAUAAUUUUAUUUCUUUUAACUCAUUUUUGUAAGGUGUCCAACAAUAUUUAUGCAUUAAAAGCAUAUUUUAAAUAAUUUAUUAAUUUUGAAUUGUAUAAUUCAUAAAUCUUUACAAUGUCCAUGUUAAGAAAACUAUCAAGAUUACCACAAAAUGUAUAUUCUUUCAAAAACAUUGUUCAAAAAUAUCCAACAAGAAAUGAAAGUUUUUUGUCCGCAGCUCGACAAUCUUCUACAUUUAAAACUGUACUCAAAGCAAGUUUAGUUGGAAUUUCUAUUGGAUUCCCUAUUGGUGUAGUUAUUACAUCGGGUUAUUCUUGGUACAUAAAUAAAGAUGGUUCCAAAACUUUUCAUCUUGAAGGUAAAGAGCAAAUAGUCGAAGUACUUAAAGAGAAACCACAAGUACCAAUUUCCAGGCAGAUAAUUUCACCUGUCGAUACAACAGGAUUAAAAUUAACACUUUUUCAAUAUCAAACAUGUCCCUUCUGCUGCAAGGUCCGAGUCUUUUUGGAUUACUAUGGAAUAUCUUAUGAUAUCGUGGAAGUUGAUCCAGUAUUGCGAAAAGAGAUAUCAUGGUCUUCUUACAAAAAAGUACCAAUACUUUUAGCACAAAUAGAUUCUGGAUAUGAACCUCUACAUGAUAGCUCAAUGAUUAUUUCACUAUUAGCAUCACAUCUAAAAGAUAGAUCACUAAAAAUUGAAGAUUUAGUAAAAGAUUAUCCUAGUAUAGCAAUGCACGAUGAAAACAGUAAAUUGAAGUAUGAAAUCAUGAACAAAUACUUUUUAAUGUAUAAAGAAACUCUGCUUUCAAAUAUAGACAUGAAUGAUAUUAUGGAAGAACGUAAAUGGAGAAAAUGGGCUGAUGAUACACUUGUUCAUACACUUUCACCAAAUGUAUAUAGAACACUAGAUGAAGCUUAUAAAACUUUCAAUUGGUUUUCUGAAGUCGGUAAAUGGAAGGAAUAUUUCCCAACAUGGGAAAGAUUAAUAAUGAUAAAUAUAGGUGCAAUGGCAAUGUGGAUUAUAUCAAAACGACUGAAACAAAGACAUCAUCUUAAAGAUGAUGUUCGACAAUCUCUGUAUGACGAAAUUAAUACAUGGUUGCGAUCUAUUAAAAAACGCGGUGGCACAUUUAUGGGAGGGGGUAAGCCUAAUUUAUCAGAUCUCACUGUUUAUGGGAUUUUGAAAAGCAUAGAAGGCUGUGAUGCUUUUAAAGAUGUCUUAGAUAACACAAAACUGAGCACAUGGUAUAAUGCUAUGACAAAAGAGGUAGAAGCACAUUCAGGAAGCAAUUAUUUGAUACCUAAGUAAUGUAAAUAUACAUAUUAAUUUAUUUUAAACUAGUUUGUAUUGCUGAAGCCAAUUACGUUAAAAUUAUGUUGCACUCGAUUCAUUGCUUCAUUGAAACGUUGAUUUUUAUUUUUUACUUAUAGUAUUAAUAACAUUAUUUUAGUUAUACAUUUGAAACUAUAUCAUGAUACAAGACCAGAUAUGUAUAAUUACACUUACAUUCUGCAUUUCUGUAUGAUCUGUAAUAUUGACUUUCAUAGAAUAAAAAAUUAAAAUCGAUGUUAUUAUAAACUUAA